AUGAGUAUGACUUCUAUUAAAACAACAACAGAUUGUCUGUUAUGUCCUCAAUUUAUCGUGGCUGAUGAAUCAAACUUGUUAUGUGAUAAAUGUGAGUCACUUGAUAGAUAUUCUUUAUUUGAAAACAUUUUGUGUAAUUUACACAAGUCAGCAUCGAAUGGAUUUGAUCGAUUAUAUAAUGAAUGUGAACGAGUGCAACCACUUAUCUCUAUACAUAGACUAAACUACAGUCCUAUCACUUAUUUUGAUCAUCUCAAACAUGACAUUGAUCGUACUUCACAAUCAUAUAUGGAAACAUACUGUGAUUCAAACUUUUUUCAAAAUUUUAUUCCGAUUCAUAUUCCAAUUAGAGAUGAUAAUGAAAAUUCAUUUUAUAAUUCACUUGCAUAUCUUUCAAAUUUUGAAAACGAUAUUGUCAUAGAAUUAAAAGUGAAAAAUAUUUGCGAAUUAGUUUUGAAUUAUGAUUUUUAUCAAGAGCUGUAUAAAGAAGAUUUCGAGAUAAAAUAUCAUAUUAUUAGACAGUUACGGUAUGAUCAUAAGCAAACGACAAUCUUGGAUUUUAUGGGUAUUGCAUCAGUUUUAAAUAUCGCUAUUCAAUCCGUAUUUCCAAAUGUUAACGAAGAUAAUGAUCAAACAACCAAAAAUCUCAAUAAAAUAUUUUUUCCGCGAAACAGUAAUAGACAAGAAGUUAUCCAAAUCACAUUAUUAUGGACGAAUAAUCUACCUUUAAAUCAAACAAAUCAGAAAAUGUUAUGGCGAUCAGAUCGUAUUAUUCCAUUGCUUAAAUUACAUGAGUUAAAAAGCGAUUUGGACGUGGUUCGAUUACUUCAUGAUCGACCUCAAGCUCGCGGUGUAUUUUACACAGCCUGUCCUUGUGGUUGUGAGAUCACUCAAAGCGUUUUAAAUCAGAUUGUACCGAAAGAUGUUCGACGUCAACGUGAAUUUGAUCUUUAUCAUAGACGAAAACCAAAACAUUCAUCCAUGAAACAAUCAUGUGCACAAUGGCCUCUAUCAUAUGUGAUUGGUAAAUCUAAGCUGUCGAUUGGUAUCAAAGCCAUUAUACAAUUAUUGCAUGAUGUAGCAUCAACAGCUCAAGGUCGAAAGCAGAUGAAUCCGAUACACGAUUCAAAUCAACUUCUAAUGUAUACAUUUGAUAACAAAUUGUUAGAACCUGCAAUUAUUCCGCUGUGUGAUGCUGUGGAUGCCAACAAUUUUGUUGAUAAAGUAGAAAAUAUUCGUUGUAGUAAAAGCUCGAUUGGCACUGCUGUUUAUGAUGCUAUUGAUCAAAUAUUAGAUAAACUUGAGCAACAACCAUCAUCAAAUUAUAAUCUAUUUGUUAUUACCGAUAAUUGUGAUACAGAAAGUAGUAAUGAAUCGAAGAAGAAAUUAUCUAAUAUUAAAUUUAAACGAUCUGAACUGAAUGCGAGAUUGCUUUACGUAAAAUAUGGCGAUAUUCAAGGUAAUAGUGAAAACACAGAAGACGAUACAUUAGCCAAAGAUGCUGAUGUGCGUAUUUAUUUAAAUGAUAACGAUGAACAAGUUAGACGAACGAUGAAAACAGGUUAUUCAAAAGUAUAUGAGGAUGGAGCAACAAUAACUUCAUGUCACCAACAAUCUAAUAUUGCAUAUGAUCGUGAUGAUAGAAUACCAUAUCCGAGCAGGAUAUACUCAUCAAAUACACAGCAACACCUUGUUAAUAGUACUAGAGAAACUGAUCAAACGGGGCAAAAUUUUCAGUCGACUAUGCAAUACCAAGUUCAACCAUGUACGAAUAGUUCAUCAGCUAAUCUAAGUAACAGUGUAUCACUAUCUGAUAACCAUACUCAAUCGUUUGUACUAGCAACGCGUCACAGAAAGCUAUAA